GUGUUUCCAUGGGCAAGUUUACUAGGACGGACUAGGACGCAGUAGGACGCGCAUUCCUUAUAUGGUCAACGAUAUGACGUCAUGGCGCGUCCUAGUACGUCCUACUUCUUCACCGGGUUUUCGUCCUACUGAGUCCUAGUAUUCAAGACGCUUAUACGUUAUUUUCCGUUAUAGCGACUUUCGAUGUUUCUCGCAGAUGACAUUUUUGCGGCUUUUCUUCGUGGGGGAUCCACAUGGGUUUAAACUUGUCAGUUGUAAGUAAUGGCAUUGUAAGAUGCGGUACCGUACCUCAACCUUCAAACUCACGAUGGCAGAUGAAGAAUUAGUGUAAACGGUACGGUAGCAGACUAAACAUUCAACGGUACCGUAUCUCUCGAUAACUUUUUAUGUAGACUAAUGCUUACUUCUCAAGCCUGUAUUCUUUUUAUUUUUGUAUCACAUAUGCCGUAUGGACAACCUAUUGGACCAUUAACUUAUUUAAUUUUCGUGAAUGCUGUGAUUGCUUCAACAACUGUUGGAUUAGUAGCAUAUCUUGAUAUACGGACACCAACAGUAUCUACAAUUUUUCGUCCAAAACAUUGGCAGAUUUAAUACUAGACAAAUACAAAAUGUUCAGUUGGUCACCAGAAGCGACAUUUGACUUGAUCGAUGCUGCUAAGCAGGUUAAGCUGGUUGAGAAAAGCGACAGCACUGCGGUUAGAAAUGUUGUUGUGAUGAAGGAGGUGGCGAGAAUGCUAGUGGAGAAGGGAUAUCGCGAUAUGGACGUUGUUACUGUGAAGAACAAGUGGAAGCGAUUAAAGGCAAAAUAUAAUCAUAUCAGAACAAAAACGUCACAAUCUGGAGAAAGUUCUAGGUCUGCGUUGAAUUGGCCAUAUUUUAGGGCCAUGCAUGAGCUUCUUGGCUCCAGACCAAGAGUGCAGGCCUUGGCCUCCAUGAUUGGGUGUUGA